CGGAAAGCAGGAUGGUCGCAGUGCUCUUUGCUCUCGUUUUUACUGUUGUUUGUGUAAACUGCGAGAUUACUGUGAGUGUUUACAACACACCUAAAGCAUGCUUCCAGAAACACUUUAAUGACGGGAUCGAGGGAGUAAAGACCAAACCUCGCCCUCAUGAGACUAUGGACUUGUUGUCACUCCCCAGAGGCUGGGAUUGGCGCAAUGUUAACGGUACAAACUAUGCCAGCACAACUAGAAACCAGCACAUUCCACAGUAUUGUGGUUCCUGCUGGGCGCAAGGAUCCACAAGUGCUAUGGCAGACCGUUUUAACAUUGCUCGUAAAGGGGCGUGGCCCUCAGCAUACUUGUCUGUCCAGCAUGUGAUAGAUUGUGCUAACGCCGGGACAUGUGAAGGUGGUGGAGACCUCGGGGUGUGGAAGUAUGCCCAUGACCAUGGAAUUCCAGAUGAGACAUGUAACAAUUACCAGGCAAAGGAUCAAAAGUGUGACACAUUCAACGCUUGUGGCACAUGUACCACAUUUGGAGAGUGCAGUCAGCUGACAAACUUCACUACAUGGAAGGUCGGUGAUUACGGCAAAGUCAAGGGCCGGGAAAAUAUGAUGGCAGAGAUUUACCAGAAUGGACCAAUCAGUUGUGGCAUCAUGGCAACGAGUGGACUGGACAAGUAUACUGGUGGCAUUUAUAAAGAGUAUCAUCUCAUUUCUAUGGAGAACCAUGUGAUCUCUGUUGCGGGAUGGGGUGUGGACCAGGCCACAGGGGUAGAGUACUGGAUUGUGAGGAACUCCUGGGGGGAACCAUGGGGAGAGCAUGGAUGGUUUAGAAUUGUGACCAGUAUGUACCAGGGAGGGAAAGGCAAUGAGUACAACCUGGGAAUUGAGAAGAAUUGUGCCUACGGUGAUGUCAUCCUCAACUAGACUCAUCCUACACACCUGCAGGCAGUCUUAACAGUCAUGUUAACACAUCUGUUUCUUUCUUGAAAUAGUUUCAAACUUUUGCCGAAAAACAUGUUGAUGUUGAAUGAGUUGUCUUUAAGGGAGACCUUUAUUAAAUAUUUGAAUGUUUGAGCAUAAAAUUAUGUAUGUCAACGUAAAGAUACAUAGAUGCGUUAAAUUUGUUAAUUUGGCUGUGCAUUUUGGGUAAAUUUAAAAAAAAAACAAAUAUUUUUGUCACUCAUUAGAGACAAUAGGAUAAUGGGUAUGUCUAUAAUUUACCAGUGUGUUGAAUAUUCGUUCGAUUUGUGGUAUAGUUAAGGUGUGAAAACUAUACAUGUACUUACUAAAUGUUAAGGAAGAGGCAAUUCCUGACAUUGCAGACAACUGCAAACAUUGUUUAUAUAAAUGCAAACAGCUGUAAACAUUGUUUCUAAUGUUGUAAAUAAAAUUUAAAUGAGUAUGGCUUUGAUGAUUUUGUGAGUGUAAAACUCCGAGAGAAGGUGAUGUAGCUGCCUUUGGAUGUGAACAUCUGUUUUAACCUGAUGCCAGUGUUUUAUGUGUUGUUGUUGACACAUUUAUGCUGUAUUUAUAUUUAUCUUGAUGGAGAUUUUAUUAUUUUACUAUGGUGUAAGAAUUUUUUCACUGGGAAUGUUGUGUUGUACAUGUGAGUAUGAUGGCAGGGAGCAUUGAUUAGUGCGACAAUUAUUUUUAACGAUCUGGUUUGAUGGAUACAUGUAUGUAUGUUGAUAGUUUGAUUCUACAUGAUGCAUUUGUAUCAAGUUUUUAACACAAUAUGGAAUUUGGCAAAUUUCGUUAUCUACAUCCAAUGAUUUUAUAAUUGUGCUAGCCUCAUAUGGAUGAUUCACUUAUCUCUUCAUUCCAUGAUUUUUAAAAACUGAUAUUUCAAAUUUUUUUCAAAUCCAUUUAGAGUUAUUAAUUUAUCAUAGAACACGGAAAGUUUUCUAAUUGCUAUUUAAUUGUACUCUUUGUUUUCAGAAAUUUGUUUCUUGUGCUAUUUUUGGACUGAAAUAUGCUCGAAGAUCGCAGUACUUACUGAUAUCGGCAAAUUUGUGAUAUAUGAAGUUUGUUUUGCCAGCUUCUCCACUGUUCUGUCUGUUAUUGCAGUAUCUCAUUUCAUAAUAGUGAAUAUUAAAUAAUACAAGAUAAGAAUUCUGAAAGUUCCGAAAAA